AUAAUCAACAACAACAAGUAGUCAAAAUAUCUGAAUUAUCUAAAAUUGGUACAAUGAUUCAGCUAACACCAGCAAUUGAUUUAGAUCUAUCAUUAGAGAAUCAAAUACAACGUUAUAUCAUUUAUGGAAUAGAAUUAAAAAAAUAUUUUGAAUUAGAUCAAACUAAUUUACCUAAUAUUUAUUUACGUUUAAUUCAAUUAUUAGAUUAUGAAUCUAUGACCCAUUGUAAUGGUAUAAUUGAAGCAUGUGAUAAACAAUAUUGUACACAACAAAAUUUAACUAUACAAAUUUUAGAUGAAAAUGAUAAUAAACCAAUGUUUAUUAAACAUUUAUAUGAAUUGAAUAUACCAGAAAAUACUACAAUUGGACAAACUAUAUUAAUAUUAAAUGCAAUAGACAAAGAUUCUCAUGUGAAUGGACAAAUGAAUUUUCAAAUACAAAAUGAUUUAGAUUAUAAUUUAAAGAAAACAUUUCGUUUAGAUAGUCAUUCAGGACAUUUAAUAUUACAAUCACGUUUAGCAGCACAUCAACGUUCAGAAUAUCGUUUUAUAGUAAGUGUAAGUGAAGUAUUAAGUAAUAAUCAAAUUCAAUGGGGUGAUGUUACAUCAUCAUCAUCAGCAGCAGCAGCAGCAGCAGUAGCAUCAACGAUACCAGUUACAUCAUCAGAUACAGCAAAUGUUAUUAUUACUGUACAAGAUAUAAAUGAUUAUAGUCCAUUAAUUAAAAUGAUAUCACCAAUGGAAGGUAAACAAUUAACUAUAUUAGAAAAUUCUGCUAAUAUACGUGUAUGUGUAUUACAAGUUACAGAUAAUGAUUUAAAUGAUAAUGGUAGAGUUCAAUGUCAACUUAUAUCAAAUAUACUUGAUAUAUCUAAUAAUGCAAUAAAUACUACUUCUACUACUACUACUAAUAUUGAUUCAUUUGAAUUAACACAAACUGGUAAUCAUUAUACAUUAUUAACAACAAGAUCAUUUGAUGCUGAAUUAGAACCAUAUAUAACAGUGAAUAUAGCAUGUACAGAUUAUGGUAUACCACCACGUUCAUCUAAUCGGGAACUUAUUAUAAAAAUUGAUGAUAUUAAUGAAUAUCCACCUGAAUUAGAAAGAAUAAAUUAUCAUGCUAGUAUAAUGGAAAAUGUUAAAUCUGCUGUAGAAGUUGUACAAAUCAUUGCACAUGAUCGAGAUCAAGCUGCUAAAUUGACAUAUGAAUUAAGUAGUGAAGGAAAACAAUAUUUCACUAUUGAUCCUAUUACUGGUGUAAUAACUACGUUAGGUGGUGAUGAAAAAGAUAAUUUACAUAGUUCCAGUUUACUUGAUCGUGAAAAAACAGAGAAAAUCACCUUUUCAGUAUGUGUUACUGAUGGUACACCAACAAAUGGUUGUGGUAUGAUUUCAUUAGAUCAUAAUUCUCAACUUAAUCACGAUGGAAUAAAACAAAAGUAUUUACAACAACCAAUUGGUACUUCUAGUGAUAAUAUUGUACGUCCAAUAUUUACGGCUUCAGCAACUGUUUUUGUCACAAUUUUAGAUGUUAAUGAUAAUCAACCACAGUUUAUAACGAAAGGACCUUUUUCAAUCCUUGAAAAUCAACCACGUUUUACUCAAAUCAAUGGACGUAUUACAGCACUUGAUGCAGAUGCAGGAGAAAAUGGACAUGUUCGAUAUAGUCUUCGUUAUAUUUGGAAUAGUGUAACUGGUAUCCUUUCACCUGAUCUAUUUGAAAUUGAUUCUGAAGGACAAAUUAGAACAAUGGAAGUAUUAGACCGUGAACUAAUUAAUGCAUAUACAUUAGAAAUUGUUGCUUGUGAUUCAGCAUCAUUAAAUCCACUUUGUACAGAAUUAAAUGUUACAAUAACAGUUUUAGAUGAAAAUGAUAAUAAACCAGAAUGGCAUUAUCCUCAUGCUAAUGAUAAAGAAGUUAAUAUUACAUCGGAUUUACCACCAGGUAGAGUAGUUGCUCGUAUAUUAGCUAUGGAUUUAGAUGCUGGAGAAAAUGGACAAGUAGUUUAUUCAUUAAUUGAUCCACAUAGACGAACUGUAUUUCAAAUUGACAAUGUUACUGGAGAGAUUUCAGUUGUAAAGAAUAAUUUGAAUGAAAUGAUACGAAAUGAAGAAGCUCAAUACGCAUUGGAUGACUCCGUUGAGUCUACCCCAUUACUUCCCGGUGUGUAUAGACUACGUUUACGUGCUUCAGAUAUGGGACAUCCUGAACAGGCUACAGAAACUUGGCUUCAGGUCAAUGUAUUUGGUUCAGAUUCAAUAACAAACGCGGGUUUGAACUUUAUGAUCAUCAUAGUGAUGAUCGCAAUAACUGGUCUAAUCUCGGUUUGUCUUGUGGUCGCCAUUAUUUGUAUUCGUAGACGAUCCUCACUACAGUGGAAUCGACCACAAGCAUAUCCACAAGCGAAUGGUUUCCAUAGAGGAAGAAGUGCUGGAGAUGGAGCUGAGGGUUCAAUGUUCCCAUUAAAACAUGAGUAUAAUCAUCCAUUAGAUGGUACUGGUUAUAUGAUGAGUAUUAGUCCAACUCCUUCUGAUUUGGAUGCACUUAAAUUAGGAUAUCAAUCUAAUGGAGGUAACUAUUUGGAUACUUUGCAUUCAGCCCCUGAGAUGCACCCUUAUGGUUGGCAUAAUCCUAAUUCCCCUCCUGGAGUAUACUAUUCAGCCAACUCAGGCCCCGGAGGUAUAAAUACCAAUAUAAAUGAUACUUUCUGUCCUCUUCCUAUGGAUCAAAAUAUCUCAAAUCCAAUGGGAACACUCCAUUUACCUUUAUAUGCUCCAGCUAAUCGAAUUACGCCUACAUUCCAAACUGAAUCGGGCACCUUUAUGCCCUAUCCAGCAUACACUGUACAACCGCAUUUAGUAGGAACAUCUUCAUGUCUAAACUUUUCUCCUUGUUCAGCAAAUGGUACUGAUCAAAUUAGUGCACAUACAAGUGCUGUAACAAGUUUCACAGAAGUACCAGGUGAUUCAAUAGUCACAACAACUACAUCACCAACAGUCGGACAAACGUUGGACGAGUUAAGAGAAACAGAAAUAUGCAACAUAGGCUCUUGUAAUUCAAGGAAUACUUGUGAAUGUGAACAGAAUGCUCCUUCAGCUUCAAGACAAUUGUAUACACCUCUAAUCAUAGGUACUAAUAAUGGAAUAGGAUGUUGUUAUACUACAUCUAAUCGUCGUAUUCAAAAUGGAAAUAUUCAUUGUGAACUUGAUGUUGAAUCAGCUGAUUCUGGACGUGGAGCUAGUGAAGAUGAUCCAAGUCAAUUAGGUGGACAAUUUAUGCAUUUUUAUCCUACAUGUCAUGUAUCUAAUUUUCAACAUGGAACAACAAUUGCUCACAUAAAUAAUUCAUCAUCUGUUCAUGUAAAUGGAACAACUACUUUAACAUGUGUACAAAAUAUGAAACUAGAAGAUCAUUCAACAAACAACUCUUCUAGUAUUGUUCUUUUACCCGGUGGAAUGUUGAAUAAUAAUAAUAAUAAUAAUGGUUCUAAUGUUGGCGAUGAACAAUCGAAAUCAAAUUGGAAUACAACUGCCGUUGUUCGUCGACUAAAAUUAUGAACACACAUUAGGACUUUAAUAUGCUUUUUAAGUUGUUUAAGUUAAGACAAACUUUACUCAAACCUGUUUCUAUGUAUGUAUCAUAUUUAUAUUUCACCCCUUCUAUCUAUCUAUUUACAUGUUUAUUUUUUCUCUUUCUCAGUAACUAUCUAUUUCGUUCUGGUGAUUUUCUUGUCAAUCAAUAUGAAAAUGUUUUAUUUUCUUU